CUAUGAGGAGCCCGUAUAGACUAUAGCCAUACUGUACCGCUUACGCAGUCAACAUUUUCAAUGUUAAUCUAAUCGUGACGCUGAAGUGAUAAGCAACAGUUGAAACCGGCAUACAUUUAACAAUAGUGUUUAAUUGUGGAGAAGUCUGAAUAUAUGUACAUGAUAAGAUAAAAGACAACAAUAAGAGCUAAUUUUUUUCUUCUAAGUACACAUAUGGACUUUGUGAUAUAUUUACCUAUCGUGUCUACUUGACGUAGAGAUUAUUACAGUGAUAUAAAUUAAUUCAUUUAUAAUCUACUACCUGUUUAAAAUGUCUAAAGUGUCUUUCUUUAUUCGAAAGGCAGAGAAAGACGACUGCAAGGAAAUAAGAAAGUUAAUACAAUAAUACCAGUAAGGUUUGAUGGAGAGGUGUGUAUGACUCUAUUGAUAAACUUUACAAGACAAACUGAUUCUUUAAACUCGAAAUGGAAUGUGCUGUUUUUUUGGAAAAACCAGAUGAUCCAACAAUAACAGUUGAAAUCUUGGAAAGAGAUGGUUUUGAGACCAGUCCUCCUUUAUUUGAGUGUUAUGUAGCUGAGGAGAAAUCUGAGAACAAGAGUGAAGUCUUGGAAAGAGAUGGUAUUGAGACCAGUCCUCCUUUAUUUGAGUGUUAUGUAGCUGAGGAGAAAUCUGAGAACAAGAGUGAAGUCUUGGAAAGAGAUGGUAUUGAGACCAGUCCUCCUUUAUUUGAGUGUUAUGUAGCUGAGGAGAAAUCUGAGAACAAGAGUGAAGUCUUGGAAAGAGAUGGUAUUGAGACCAGUCCUCCUUUAUUUGAGUGUUAUGUAGCUGAGGAGAAAUCUGAGAACAAGAGUGAAGAUACAGUUCUAGUUGGGUACGCCGUGUAUUGCUAUGGAUACUCAACUUGGAAUGGAAGAAAGCUAGUUUUACAAGAUGUGUUUUGUAACAGACAGAUUGAGAGGAAAAGGUGUAGGCACAAAGUUGUUUGAAGAAGUUGUCAAGCAUACUGUUGCAAACAAAUGUGCAUACAUGGAUUAUCAUACCUUGGACAGGGAUGCAUCAAAAGAAGUCUUCGAUAUCCUAGGUAUAGUCAAUAUGACAAAGACUGAAAAAUGGGACAUAUUCAGGCUGUCAGGUGAAGCAUUGGAAAUACUUUCAAUUCCUUAGUGAUAAAUUAUCAAUAAAUGAUUGUUACUAAGUGUUAAA